CAAAUAAUAUUACCAUAUCGUCACAACAACACGAUGUAUUACCCCAAAUAAUAUUACCAUAUCGUCACAACAACACGAUGUAUUACCCCAAAUAAUAUUACCCAUAUCGUCACAACAACACAAUGUAUUACCCCAAAUAAUAUUACCAUAUCGUCACAACAACACGAUGUAUUACCCCAAAUAAUAUCCCAAUGUGGAAGUGUAUAAAUGGUUCCCACCAUCACUACUGAAUACCUGACCUUCUCUGAUUGGUUGUCUGUGCAGGCGGGAGGUCCGUGGGCUGCAGCCAUGCUGUCCCUGGACGAGCCAUUGGACCUAAUGCUCCCCCGGGGGUGUGUCACGGGGCGGGACAGGGGUGCACGGCCACCCCCCACCCUCACGCUCUCUCCGAUACCCUUCAAGCGCGCCCGGCAGCUCCGCAUGGCUGAUGAUGGCACAGCUGUCAUAGUGCCCGCCUCCCCGGCCUCGCCACACACAGGUGUGCUGGUGGUCUCCCGGGAGAGGCCAGAGACACCCCCCACCCCGCCAGCCGUGGACCUCAGUACGUCCCCCUCCUCCCGCCACACCUCCAGCUCCCCAGAGAUGACCAACGGAAACGGGGUCUCCCACCACAUCAUUGCAGGGGACUCAGCUCACAUCCAUUAUGUGGAGAGCAGAGCCUCCUCGCAGGCCUUCCAGUUCUUCGUGCCGAUUGGUGCUGGGGCCGGACUCCACCUGCCGUCAUCCAUGUUCAUUGGCCAGCCCAACGACAAGCGGGCCUCUCCUGAUCUCUCAGCAGACGAACAGCUGGCCUGUCGCUGGAGGAAGUGCCAUCUUCUCUUUGAGUCCCUGCAAGACCUUGUGGACCACGUCAACGACUUCCACGUCAAACCUGAAAAGGAUUCUGGGUACUGCUGCCACUGGGACGGCUGCGCUCGCAGAGGGCGGGGCUUCAACGCUAGGUACAAGAUGCUUAUCCAUAUCCGUACACACACCAAUGAGAAGCCUCACCGCUGCCCCACCUGCAACAAGAGCUUCUCUCGCCUGGAGAACCUCAAGAUACACAACCGCUCACACACAGGUGAGAAGCCCUACAUCUGUCCAUACGAGGGCUGCAGCAAGCGCUACUCCAACUCCAGCGACCGCUUCAAGCACACGCGUACCCACUACGUGGACAAGCCCUACUACUGCAAGAUGGCCGGCUGCCUGAAGCGCUACACAGACCCUAGCUCCCUCCGUAAGCAUAUCAAGGCCCACGGCCACUCUGUAGCCCAGGAGCAAGGCUGUCCGGGUGGGCUGAGCUCCCUGCUCAAGGUGGGUCCCCUGGGGGUGGGGAUGGGUGGAAGAGGGGGUAAGCUGGGGGAGUCGGAGCUGAGCUACAUCAGUGGGGCCCAUAUCAUCAUCCCCAGCGCCGCUGCCGCUCUCCUGGGGGGCCACGCUCUGCAGGGCCUGGCGGGCUCCAUGCCUCUAUCCCCCCUCGCCCCCCGGCCCCUGGACCUGAGCACGCUGGGGGGGUGCCCCAGCUCCCCUUGCACCACCUCCAUCCUGUCCUUCAAUGGUUCUCCUCUGAGCCUGGCCACCAAGUCGUCCCUGGGGCUCUCCCCAGCCUUCCCCUCCUCAGCCCUGGGGCUGGGGCCCACCAUGGUGCCCGUGUCCCUAGGAGGAUCCAUGGGGUCGUCCGCCUCAGAGCGCAGGGCCCACCACCAUGGGUGUCACCACAAGGGGAAAAUUGGGGGUGGGGGGGAGGAGGGGAAGAACAAGCUUCAUCGUGGGGGGGUGCUGAACCUCUCCACGGGGGCCUCCCACGACCCCCUGUCCUGGGUGGUCAUCCCCUCCGGCACGGUUGUGCUUAAGCCAGCUGUGGUCAACUAACACACACACACACACACACACACACACACACAUUCCAGAAGAACUGAAGGGGCUGAGAAAAUGUAGAAAAAGGUAGAAAAAAAUUGACGUGAAAAGAAAGAAAGUCUACUUUCAGGCAACUUAAACUUAACAACAAAGUCCACACCUCAGUUUGUAAAAUUGUCUCGGACAAAAAAAACUGAGGUAUCUGGCACUGCUAUCUUUGCAUUUAUCUAGCACAUCUUGGGACCAUCAACAACUCAUAAAUACAUUUCAAUCAUGUGUAAUUUUGUAUUAUUUCAUAAGGCUUGAAAAAAACGCAACAGUGGCCCUCCUCACCUCUUCCCCACAUUCUCUGUCUCUGGCGUUUCUCACUUACUUACCUUUCUUUCUGGACGGGCUCCAUGGAAAGGACAGUCUUCUAAUGCUCUGUGUCCUUCCUCAAGCUCCACCUCAUGUGUAUGUAUUGAUGACAGUCUUCUAAUGCUCUGUGUCCUUCCUCAAGCUCCACCUCAUGUGUAUGUAUUGAUAAUGUUCAUGUUGACAGUGUGCUCUGUGGCCGAGCAGUGAGGUAGACACACAAAUGAAACAGUAGGAGGCGAUCACUGCUAGGCUAGCAACACACAGUACGUCCCCAGACCGCUGCUUUAAAGGUUACAGAAACUACUUCCUACAAAGUGCUGUGAACACAAUUGGACAAACUUCCUGUUUUAUCGGAAGUGAAGUCAAACUGAUUUAGAAGGGGAUUAUGGAUGAAUUGACUGCAUCUCCUUACUUUAAAUAGUAGGCUGGUGCUAUUGGAUGUCAAUCAGAAUGACAUCCCACCAAGGAGCACACAACCCCCUUUUAGUCAGAACAUCAACCCAGGCGAUAGUGAUGGAAACCUCACAACUGCUGCUAACCUCUCAACAACUCUCCUCAAACAUGACCGAAACUAAACGUGAGCACUUUGAUGACUAUUUUUGACAAUCUUUUCCCGAUUCGGGGAGGGUGACCAUCGUGGACCAGCCCUUUCCACAAUGAUAUGUGACGGGCUUGUUGUUGCAAACUAGGGGCUUGUGUAAGGACGCAGAGCAGCUAAAGUCUUAGAAGGCAGACAAACGGUGUUAUAUCACCCAGCAAAUGACCAAUAUUCUUCUUCUUCUUCUUCUUCAUCACGGUAACGUCUAUGGCACAGGUGUUGUUAUGUACCCCCCUGGUGGACAGGUGAAUUACUCCGGUCAGUCAGCCUCCCAGUCCAAUCUAUUAUUGUCCACAACAACUCUACUUCUAAAUGACACAGUGAGUUAAGUACUGGGUAUGAAAGGUCCACUGUUUAAGUAACACAGUGUGUUGUGGAACAGUGUUUGAAGUGACCUUUCAUUAAAAGCAGCUGUGUAAAACAGGUGGCUGUCCAGUGAAGAGUCCUGAGUCCUUGUGGAGUUGGCUGUUGGUUGCUUUGUCCCGAGUUCAACAGUCCCACAUUGUGACAAAAAAUAUCCAUCCUUGAGGGUAGACUGGGAGCUGUGUAUCCUGAACCACGGGGUGUGUGACACAGGCUGAUUGACACUAUAGGACUGACUCAAACCGUACCGUGCUGGCUGGGAUUUUCUGUUCACAUUGUUCUGUUUAGCAUGGUUCAGCAUCAUGCCGUAACCAGGCCAGGCUGCUACAGUUAGGCAUGGUUUGGUCCUACGGUGUGAAUCAGGCUUUACUGCUACGUACAGCUGGGCUGGUGACAGAACACAGCCACACUACAAACUGCCUCACUUCACUUUUCCAAGGAAGUGGGGUUAAUUCACAGACUUUAGAACAAUUGACUUAUGUUAGAAUCCGUAUGGUUGGAUUGAUGCAUUCAACAUGCACUUAUACCGUACACACCAAUGUCUUUGUUACGUUUUACAAAACAUGGACCUGCCAACUUGUACUCGUGGCUCUCUGGAAACAUUCUGUCUUUCUCUUUCCAUCUUCACUACCUUGGUUUUCCCUUCAUUUACGCUCAGGCUUGAAACGGACACCUUUAUCUGUGGACUAGGGUCCUUCCAUAAGCUGGCAUCGCAGAGAUAUGAUGUAUGUAGAAUGUUGAGUGAACCAUGUUAUGUGGGUAUAGGAGGGGAGGUGAGAGGAGAAGAGGACAAGUGAGAGGAGCAUCUCAACACAAGAAACAUUCCCCUGAAGAGCCAAAUACCCUUCCCCCUCUACUCACUCUCUCUCCAUCUUUCUUUAAAGGUCUUACAUUUCCAUUUUCCAUGACGGUAUGUCCAUACUUUCUAUUCCAUACGGUAUGUCCAUACUUUAUUUUCCAUACGGUAUGUCCAUACGGUAUGUCCAUACUUUAUUUUCCAUAUGGUAUGUCCAUACUUUAUUUUCCACGACGGUAUGUCCAUACGGUAUGUCCAUACUUUAUUUUCCAUACGGUAUGUCCAUACGGUAUGUCCAUACUUUAUAUUCCAUACGGUAUGUCCAUAUGGUAUGUCCAUACUUUAUUGUCCAUAUGGUAUGUCCAUACUUUAUUUUCCAUACGGUAUGUCCAUACUUUAUAUUCCAUACGGUAUGUCCAUAUGGUAUGUCCAUACUUUAUUGUCCAUAUGGUAUGUCCAUACUUUAUUGUCCAUACGGUAUGUCCAUAUGGUAUGUCCAUACUUUAUUGUCCAUAUGGUAUGUCCAUACUUUAUUGUCCAUAUGGUAUGUCCAUACUUUAUUUUCCAUACGGUAUGUCCAUACUUUAUUUUCCAUAUGGUAUGUCCAUACGGUAUGUCCAUACUUUAUUUUCCAUACGGUAUGUCCAUACUUUAUUUUCCAUACGGUAUGUCCAUACUUUAUUUUCCAUACGGUAUGUCCAUACUUUAUUUUCCACGACGGUAUGUCCAUACUUUAUUUUCCAUACGGUAUGUCCAUCGUUUUGAGAAUAAUUACAGUUAUGGUAGUUUUUGUUAGUCAUUUGUUUGUUCUGUUGUCAUCGAUGUUCAGACGAGACAUUUUGUGAUGUUGAAGUUUUGUUUUAUAUUUCUUGUGAUGGCUGCUCUGUAACUCAGCUUUCUCCCUGGGCUGGCCUGGGAUAUGGAGGGGCUGUAGGGAUGAUGGUCCUUCCUGUCCUGAACAGGGUUGUGUUCAUUAGGACAUGCAACAGAAAACAUAAAAACAUGUUUUGCAAUGGAAAAGUAGUGUUUCUGAGCAUAGAUUGUCCCUUAGUUUUUCAUUCCGUUUGGUGCCUAAUGAACACGACCCAGGUGAGUGGGGUCAGGGGGUGGCCAAUUUAUAAUAAUAAUACGAUAUAAUCCUCACUGACAAUCACACCGUUAUAGAAGAGGCCCUGUACAGAUCCUCACUCUGUAGAGAGAGUACACACUCUCUGAGUCCAUCUAUUUACAGGAUUUACCUCCAGACCCACACUCUCUCUGAGUCCAUCUAUUUACAGGAUUUACCACCAGACCCACACUCUCUCUGAGUCCAUCUAUUUACAGGAUUUACCUCCAGACCCACACUCUCUCUGAGUCCAUCUAUUUACAGGAUUUACCUCCAGACCCACACUCUCUCUGAGUCCAUCUAUUGACAGGAUUUACCUCCAGACCCACACUCUCUCUGAGUCCAUCCAUUGACAGGGUUUAUCUCCAGACCCACACUCUCUCUGAGUUCAUCUAUUGACAGGGUUUACCUCCAGACCCACACACUCUCUGAGUCCAUCUAUUGGCAGGGUUUACCUCCAGACCCACACUCUCUCUGAGUCCAUCUAUUGCAGGGUUUACCUCCAGACCCACACUCUCUCUGAGUCCAUCUAUUGACAGGGUUUACCUCCAGACCCACACUCUCUCUGAGUCCAUCUAUUGACAGGGUUUACCUCCAGACCCACACUCUCUCUGAGUCCAUCUAUUGACAGGGUUUACCUCCAGACCCACACUCUCUCUGAGUCCAUCUAUUGACAGGAUUGACCUCCAGACCCACACUCUCUCUGAGUCCAUCUAUUGACAGGGUUUACCUCCAGACCCACACACUCUCUGAGUCCAUCUAUUGACAGGGUUUACCUCCAGACCCACACACUCUCUGAGUCCAUCUAUUGACAGGGUUUACCUCCAGACCCACACAUGAUGUUUAUGGUGCUGUCAAAGUGACCAUGUGGUCCAGUAGAUGGAGUGGUUGUGGUGGUAUAAAGGCCCAUAGCUACACAGACUGGACACAUUAAUCAGUGUCCAAUUUACACAGCACCAUCCAGAGGAGAGGAUGGGUUCUGAACUUCUGAAUGCAAACAUAGAGGGCAUCUGUUAGGGAUUGGGUUUAACAGACCUAGGGCUAGGCGAGACAAAGGGUUUAACAGACCUAGGGCUAGGCUAGACGAAGGGUUUAACAGACCUAGGGCUAGGCUAGAAGAAGGGUUUAACAGACCUAGGGCUAGGCUAGACGAAGGGUUUAACAGACCUAGGGCUAGGCGAGACGAAGGGUUUAACAGACCUAGGGCUAGGCUAGACGAAGGGUUUAACAGACCUAGGGCUAGGCUAGACGAAGGGUUUAACAGACCUAGGGCUAGGCUAGACUAAGGGUUUACCAGACCUAGGGCUAGGCUAGACGAAGGGUUUAACAGACCUAGGGCUAGGCUAGACUAAGGGUUUACCAGACCUAGGGCUAGGCUAGAUGAAGGGUUUAACAGACCUAGGGCUAGGCUAGACGAAGGGUUUAACAGACCUAGGGCUAGGCUAGACGAAGGGUUUACCAGACCUAGGGCUAGGCUAGAUGAAGGGUUUAACAGACCUAGGGCUAGGCUAGACUAAGGGUUUAACAGACCUAGGGCUAGGCUAGACGAAGGGUUUACCAGACCUAGGUUUAGAGGAAGGGAUCCCCAAGACAACAUCAACUAAAUUACAAUAUGAACAUCUAAAAUGGUGGGUAGCCUGGAGAGGAGGAGGGGGGGGUGAAUGGAGAAAUGAAUGAACAGGGUAGAGAGAGCCCAUCCCACCCUCAUCAGGGCCUCUCGUCUCUGAAGUCAGCGCCCACCCCGUUUCUCUCUCUCUCUCCUCUCCCUGCCUGAUGCUGCCAGCCAGCAGGGAAACUAGGUCACUGAACUCUGUCUGCUCUCUGUUUGUUUGUAUAUAAAUUAAAGCCAAAAGGCUGAACUCUCUCACUCCCUCUCUAGCCGGUCAGCGGUCGCCACAAAGCUUUUCACCAGAGGGUUAGAGUAAAAAACACACACAAACAGGCACACACAAACAGGCACACACACACACACACAAACAGGCACACACAAACAGGCACACACAUACACAAACAGGCACACACACACACACACACACACACACAAACAGGCACACACAAACAGGCACACACAUACACAAACAGGCACACACACACACAAACAGGCAGGCACACACACAAACAGGCACGCAUGCAGACAGACAGGGUAAAACACUAAAACAUGCAUGCGUGCACUCACACACACAGUAAACAAACCCAGAUAUCCAGUAUAAUCCUCUCUGGCUAAAUAUGUUUGGGGUUUGUAAGGAGAGGGUUCGAAUAAGUCAUGUUGUGCAGGAGGCUGCAGUGCAGGAGGCUGCAGUGCUGUCUCUGACAAGACAAGGGAGGAUUUGUGCUGUGCAGAUUCACUGCACAUUUCUAUUUCUGCCUCGGCCACUCUUAAUCACUGUGGUCACACACACACGGAGACUGCUCCACACAUGGACACACUCUCUAGCCUCCUCUUUGGUGGCCAGUAUUUCUAUCUCCCUCCAGGCAGGCAUGGCAGAAGCAAACCACCUCCAUGUCAGUGGACCAACCUCCAGUGUGAUUUCAGAGUCAGAUGAUGUCACCGGUAACAGGUGUUAAUAAGUAGGCUAGGUUUCCCUGGCAACAGUGGAAUCAGCAGACAUGACUGUUCUCCCCAGUCCAAUCCCCUCUGUUCUUUCAUCCCUUCAUCUCUCUCUCCUCCUCUUUCUCUCUUGCUCAUUGAAGCCAGAGAGAGAGAGAGAGAGGAGUGUUCUGGUAGCGUGGUCCCAGAUCUGUUUGUUCAGUCUGGUGAAUUCAUGACAAUGACAAUUGGAGUUGGCAAGACAGCACAAACGGAUCUGGGACCAGGCUAGGGUUCUAGGCUGCUGGGUGGAGAAAGCUGAAAUUGACACGGAUCCUAUUCCAGGUUCCACAUAUUUCAAUAUAAAAUAAGCUGUUUGAAUCAUUAACCCUUUGGGCACGUUCUGUCAUGUAAUGUUCUGCACUUUUGUCUUCCCCAGGAGUCUUUAUAUUAUAGGGGAUGUGCCAAUUGCCAGCAGUUGAACAUGUCAAAUGUAUAAGUCAAUUGAUUCUCAGUGGGUUGAUAUGGUUCUAUAAUUUGCUGGUUUUGAGGAUCAAUAGCAAUAACUUUUAUGUUGGAUUUAUGUUUUCUUUUUUAGAAUGAACCCCUAUCUGUCAUAGUUGAAAAGAAGCGGUACUUUUCACCCGAAAGGGUUAAAAACAAGAAGCUAAUUGACGCCAAUGAAUAAUGAAGCUAUAACGAGAGUCACAGUAUGUGCUGAACACAGGAACAUCUGGGGCACUAAAUUGUGAUAGCUAGCAAUAUUAGUGCCACUUACAAGGGAUGCCAUUCAUUGACUGAAGUGCCACAGCAGUGCACAAAGGGUUAAUUCAAGACUAAGGCCACCAGAGGCCUGUAUCCAAGUUAUUUUUUGCACAUUUUUUGAGAUAUUUUAAAUGUCAGUAUUUUAAAACAUAUUCCAAGUGCCUUUUAUUAUAAUUGAAAAUAUAGAAGAUAUAAAAGUAUAUGAAAAAUGAAAUAUAUAUAUAUAUGAAUAUAUAUUUUUUCCUGGGAUCGUGUUCUCGAGGUUCUUGAACAUGCUUCAUUUUAGAGUUGUAAAAGUCUCCCAUUGGUACAACAUAGCUGUGUGCUUCUGUUUUAGAGGAAUUUUAUUACGAUAAUGUCAAUGGAAAGAAAAUGUUUAAUAAAGUCGCAUUUGAUACAA